AUGGCCCUCCCACGAGAACUUCGCGACAUCGUCUACACCCAUCUCAUCGAUUCCCUCCCGAAAGUCAUCAACGUCAGCGCCGACCGCAUCCUCACAGAGUCCUUCCCUCCGCCCACCCAAUCCAUCAUCGGCGGCUCCACCACCGACGGCCUCGUCACAUUCCUCCCGAGCCUGGCCUACACCACCUCCGCCAUCUACCACGAAUUUGUGCCCGCCUACCUGCGCCGUAUCUAUCUCAACAUCGGCACCACGUCAGACUUUCUCUACCUCGAGAACUUCUUCGAAACGCUGCCCGCGGGCGAUGGCUGGGACAAGAUUGCCAAUCUGACGAUGCUGAACUUCGCGAGUGUGGCGCGCACACCGGGACGCGCGACGGAGGUCAUGGACACGAUUCUGCAGGCGACGAAAUUGAAGGUCCUGGUGCUGAGUUUCGCGCUGAGCGACUUCUUCGUUCCGCCCGACUGGCCGCACCCGCCUACGACCCGGAAUGAAGCGAUGGAGUUACAGAGAAAUCCGCCGAAGACGGUGGAUGCGGAAUACAUGAUUCGUGAGUACCAAUUUGAUAGGCUUUUUGGGAUUAGCGAGCUGGAGAGGCUGGUGGUCAAGGUUGAGCAUGGGUUCUUUGAGCAGACGCCGAGGUCGGUUGGGGUAUUGGGGGAUCUGAGAGAGGCGCUGAUGAGGGGGUUGAGGGAGGGGGAGGGUGUCACAGAGGUCACGGCGGUGGAGCUGGAUGUUAUGAGGCCGGGCAUCAGUGCGUUCAUCCUGAGGUUGAGGAGGGAGUGA